AUGGGUUUGGGGCUGGUGGACUGUCAUUGCCAUCUCUCCGCCCCGGAUUUUGACAGCGAUCUGGAUGAUGUGUUGGAGAAAGCCAAGAAGGCUAAUGUUAUAGCCCUUGUGACAGUUGCUGAACACGCAGGAGAAUUUGAAAGAAUUAUACAACUUUCAGAAAGGUAUACUGGAUUCAUCCUGCCAUGUCUGGGAGUUCACCCAGUUCAAGAACUUUCACCAGAAAAACCAAGAAGUGUGACAUUAAAGGAUUUGGAUGUAGCGUUGCCUGUUAUUGAGAAAUACAAGGAUCGGUUGCUGGCAAUUGGAGAGGUGGGGCUAGACUUCUCCCCUAGAUUUGUGGGCACCAAUGAAGAGAAGGAGGAGCAAAGACAGGUCCUGAUCAGACAGGUCCAAUUGGCCAAAAGACUCAACGUGCCUUUAAACGUGCAUUCGCGCUCAGCUGGAAGACCCACCAUCAGCCUCUUACGUGAGCAAGGUGCUGAGCAGGUGCUCCUGCACGCGUUCGACGGCCGGCCAUCCGUAGCCAUGGAGGGAGUGAGGGCUGGUUACUACUUCUCAAUACCACCGUCCAUCGUAAGAAGUGGGCAGAAGCAGAAGCUUGUGAAACAGCUGCCUCUAAGUUCUAUCUGCUUAGAAACAGAUUCACCUGUGCUAGGACCAGAAAAAAUGACACGGAAUGAACCCUGCAACGUUUCCAUUUCAGCAGAGUGCAUCGCCCGAGUGAAAGGGCUCUCGGUGGAGGAGGUCCGAGAAGUGACGACGCAGAAUGCAUUGAAACUGUUUCCCAAGCUUCAGUGCCUGCUCCAGAAAUAGCUUCAAAACCGCCCAGUGCAAGGCCCAGCCAGCUCAGGGCAGCGCUCGGGAGAGCAGGCAUUCACUUCAAUGAUCUGAAACGAAGAAGCCAUUUUAUGUGGCUAGCAGUCAUAGUUUCACAGAAAUGUUCCUCUUAAGAACAAAUUUGGGCCAC